AUGAUAUCAAGAGUAUGGACCACAUGUAGAUACAAGUAACAACCUGAGGCAUAUUCAUUUCAUUAAUAUUUCUAACUGGGCAGACUAGUAGUGAUAGAUAGAAUCUAUUACAAUGGCUGUGUGAAAAUUGUGCUUUGGUACUGUUAAAUAAAUAAUAUAGGAAAUUAUUUCAUGAUGGAAAUACCACUACGAAGUUUAAACUACCAUGAGACUCGGCACAAUACCAAUCACAUGGAGGAAGAAACUCCUACUCCGGUAACAUCAGAAGAAAAUACUCCGCUGCUUCAUCGGUUCCCGCACACUGGGUCAGAACGUAAUCCAGUGACAACUGUUAUUGUCAGCUUGCUCCUAGUGAUACUCAUUGGCGGUGUCAUAAUUGGAAUAUAUCUCCUCAUUUUACAGAAUGAAUCUGAAAAUAUUUUACCACCGAUAGAAAGACCGUUGCAGUUGGUGAGCAGAUCACAAUGGGACACUAGCGAUGGAGACCAGAGUGCAUUGAGAUCAUUCCCAUAUAGACUCAGAGCAGUCACUGUCGUUCAAACAGGAACGGAACGAUGCAACAGUACGGAGUCAUGUACGAAACUACUAUUGGAAAUGCAGGCCAAUGUUACGUCAGUGAACGCCACGCUACCAUAUAAUUUUUUGAUAUCCUCCAAUGGACAAACAUAUGAGGCUCUCGGCUGGCUCAAGUGUAUUCCUCAGGCUACGAAGACCACGGUGCCUACUGGACUGCUUUUAGCUUUUAUAGGAAAUUUCACCAAAUCUCCACCGACGCGACCACAGCUACAAGAAGCAAAGAACUUCUUCGAUACAUCGGUGAGCCAACAGUACUUGCAUCCAUCUUACCGCAUUUUCGGUAAAAAUAAAAACGAUACGCCGACACACUUGAUCGACAGCCUUAAAACAUUUCCGCAGUGGAGUAGCGAAUUCUCGGAUAAAAAUUGAACCUUACGCCCAUUGUAAUAGGCGUUGUUUUGUUAAACUUUGAGGUUGUCCUUCAACUAUUUGGGCUUGACAAUUUACCUUAUUGGUGUAUUGUAGUCAGUCCUAUUUGUUUCGAAUCGAAAGUAAUAUCGAUACAGUAGUAAAUGAUUAAUUAAACAGAAUAUUUGAAAGUUUUUUCCUUAACGUAGCAUUUUCUUGUAGAGCUCAGUAGAAAUGAAUGAAUAUAUACCGAUAGAUAUUAAUAAUAGUAGUACCUAAUUCAUAAAAGUAACUUUAUGGACUUUACUAGUGAGAGUAGCUGUAAGAAUUAAAAGAUUUUAAUCGAUAGCAAUGCUCAGGACACUUAUAGUACUUUUUAACUGCUUUGCAAUGAUAUUCAUCAAAUUAUUUAUUAAUUUUUGCUCUAUCUUGGUAAUAUCCAUUCGAUUAUAUUAUUCGAAUUAGUUUUUACGUCACUCGAUUAUACGCAUUGCGUCGAUGAUAAGAAAUGUGUUAAAGGAUAACAAUUUUAUUAUUAUGUACCAAUCAAUUUUAGUGCAAUAAUAUUUGAAAAAGAUUAUUUAUUAGUUAAAUAAUUUUAGUAAUAUGUUUUACUAUGAACAGUUGCAAUCCCAACGAAGCGUUCACAUCACAUUCGUUAAUUGUAUAAUUAUUAUUACAUUUAUUUAAUUGUAUUUAUUACUUCAUAUCAGUUUUUUAUAUAAAUCCACUAAGAGCACUUCUAUCAUUUUCUACGAAAACUUAUUACAAAAAGCGGCAAAAAAUAUAUCUUGCUGGGUAAAACCAAAGCCAUAUUACUCGAUGGUUCUUGAAAAGGAAAUAACCGCAACAUAUACUACGUCACAGGGUUUAUUGACCUCGUAGUACUUAAAUAUAGAUCCAACGAGAGUUAAUUUACAAUGAAAUUAUCCCGUAGCAUCACAUAUAACUCUUUUUGUGUAUUUCUAUCGUAAGAAAACAUUGUUUUUUUUCUAUAGCACAGGCCCAAUUAAAGUACUCUGACAUGAUAUUUUUUUAUUGCAAUUUCAACUUUAGAUUUUUGUGUUAAAGUCGUUAAUCUAUUGAUUGAAAUUGACAGUAAGGUACCUUGUUAUGCUGGUGCCUGCGUAAUACGCUCUUUUAUCAAUUUUACGUUGAGAAUCUCUUGGUAGAGAUUCUGGUAGAUAUUAUGGUUAAUAUAAAAAUAAUAUAGAUGUGCAAUAGUGGUGUUCUAAUAUUAUAUACCUAGUUGUCAUCUCGUAUUAUUUUUCGUCUAUGGUAAUGUGAGGGCUUGAUUUUUUUUAAUUUAAUGGUAUUUAAAGUAUGAGUUUGUUGGUAAUGUUUUGUAUAUGAUGGAUAAAAAGACUCUUAUAUUUUAUCGUUUGAAAAUCUAUUGAGAGUAUGAAACUAUUCAUCGAGAUAUAAUAAUUAAUGUAUUUUGUGGUUCACUGACUACCAAGAAGACUCUAGAAUCUUCUACUACUAGUAGGUAUUAGAAGUAGAAGAAAAUUUCAUAAAUAAUCCAAAUCUUCGAUUCGUGAUGAUUCAUUAAUUUUGAAGAUACCAAAUCAACCAUCUAUCAUUACUGGUUUUUCCAAUGGCGUUAUUACUCUUAGACAAUACAAAAUUACCUUUAUAAACACAUUUUACAUUAUUUAUGGUUAUUUAGUUUUUUUUAUAAUUACUGUUACUAAUUCGUUGCCAUACCUGCUAGACUAUCACUUUAAAUUUGAAGGAUCGAAGUGAACUCGAUCCGCCAUGUCAUUAGUUGUAAGAAUAAUCUCAACCAAUGACAGGCGAGAAUGCGAUCGAGCUCACUUCGAAAGUUCAAAUUGACAGUUACAGAAUACCUUAACUGUACACACCUGUUACCGAAGGGCUCGAUUCGUAUACCAAAAAUUAUCUUUUAAUAAGGUUAUUGCAAUUUUAUGUUUAUGAGGUAUUAGAAUGGCAAUAUUUGUUUUUCUAAAAGUGUUUAUAUUCUUGGAAAUAGAACGGGAUUGUUUAUAUGACUCGGAUAUUUGGAAAAUAUUGCGUUAAAAAGGUACGGAGGUACUUUUAUGACUUUUUUAACGUUAAAGUAAUCGAUACGAGACCGCGUUCGGCGCUCUGAGGCCUUAGUACGAGUAUGUUUUACGCUUAAAGUAAUCAUAACGAUUACGCGU